AUGAAGCUUUUAAUCAUUAGACUUAUAACUACAGUUUCGUUUCCAAUCAUAACAGGAGUUGCCUUAGUUUUAAUUCUAUUUUAUAAAAAUCUCUGGGAUGCUCUGAAUUCAUGGGAGGAAGACAGUCUUUCGUGGAUAAAUUAGACAUAAAAAUAGAUACUGCGCAAUUCUGUUUUUUCUUAGUAAUUAAUAGAGCAGCAUAGCUUUAGUUAACUUUAACUACACCUUGUUAUUAUAAAAAGUUUGAUAAAUAAAUAUUACGAAUCCAAAAUAAAAACUAACAAAGAUUCACAAUAAUUGAAAUGUUCAUACUAAGAGUUAGUCCAAAAGAAAUGUCCUUAAAUUAUAUAUAAAUUAUUAAACUAAAGCACAUUUUACGUAGAUUUGUAUUUUGCUAGAGAAAAUUUCUAAUUUGAUUUACUAACAACACAACAAUAAGAUUUUAUAAAUAUGAAUGAAUUUAUCUCCUUUUAUGGGAGAGCUGCAAUCGUUGCUUCUAUUAAUAACGAUUUGUUGAAAAUAUAAACUAUUUAUAACUCAGAUACAACUUCUAUCCUAGCUCAUAUUCCUUCUAGAUACGAAAAUUUCACUGAUUCAGAUUAUGAAGAUUGCUUAGGUAAAAAUUUUACAGAACCCUAUGAUCCUAGAUGCAGACCUUGGUAUCUAUAUGCUCAAUAACAUAAAGGCUAUUUUUUUUAUGAGCCCUACUUAGAUGCUAUUGAAAAUAAUUUAGUUAUGACUCUAUCAAGCUAAAUAGAAUACAAUUCUCUACUUAAACUUAAAAUGACUAUUCAGUUUUAUUUCACGAGUUCAAUAACACAGUGUUUUACCAUCCAUUACUUUAUGGCACUAAUUUAACAUCUUGGGUUGACCUUGAAUUUUAAAAUAUAACAAAUAAUUGUUCUUAUUAGCAAUAAGACUGCUUGA